CAGAUGAGCCUGCCAGGGAGCGUGCCGGAGUCGAGCCCCGGCAUUCGGGGCCCACAUCCCAGUCAGACUGAGACCCCCUUCCCUCCCUCCUCAGGCAGGUCGUCUCCUGCCCCCCAGCCGGUUCCUUUGCAUCCGCCGCGACCACCUCCCAGGUGCAGCGCCAUGGUCUCCAGAGUCCUUCAGUUAGAUAUUCCAAUAGACUCUGAGGUCUCUCCUAGGAGAACUAUACCAGCGAGUGUAAGUAGCCCUCUCAUGAAUGGGGAAAAGAGUGUAUUUCGGGAACAGAAUGCAGGGUUCACUGCACUUGCAAGCCCUGUGAGGAGAGAAAUCGGCAACAGAUCUUUGACGAGGUCCUUCUGUGUUGAUGACAAUGACUUGGAAGAUGGUAAGGUCUCAAAAGACAGAGAUUGGCUUUCGCAGUUCCUCAGGCUCCCGAAGAUACAGAAUCAGGCUCUUCUAUCUGGUCUGGCUUACUGCAUAGCAUCAUGCAGCAUGAUUUUAGUUAAUAAAUUUGUUCUGUCUGGCUACGGUUUCAAUGCUCCAAUAUUUUUGAUGCUAUACCAGAACAUUGUAUCGGUGACCAUAGUUUCCACACUUUCUCUGUCUGGUGCUGUCCCAACUGAACCAUUAACAUGGAAACUAAUCAAAGUUUGGUUGCCUGUGAAUAUCAUUUUUGUUGGAAUGCUGAUCACAAGCAUGUUUAGGAUAGAUGGAUAUGAAUGCAUGCUGUGUUUUCUCACCAUCCAUUCUCAGAAGUACAGAACUCAUAGUCUUGUAUUAAACUUAUUUUCCUCACUUGGUGCUAAGCAAACCACCAAGUCUGGGAAUUUGAAUGAGUUUUCAAUGGUGUUACUGAAUAACAUUCUUUCGCUGCCAUUGGGAAUUAUCCUUGUGCUUGGUUUUAAUGAACUGGAGUACCUUUUGGAGACACCUCUCCUGAGGAUGCCUCAGUUUUGGCUGGUCAUCACGGCCAGUGGAGUUUUGGGGCUUGCAAUCAGCUUUACUUCGAUGUGGUUUCUUCAUCAAACAAGUGCGACAACAUAUAGCCUUGUGGACUCCCUAAAUAAGAUUCCUCUUUCUAUUGCCGGAAUGGUUCUCUUCAAAGUCCGUACAAGCAUGGAGAAUUCUUUGAGCAUUCUAUUUGGUUUAUUAGCAGGAGUAUUUUUCGCCAGGGCCAAAUUGCGAGAUAACUCGCCGUCCUAGUUUUUGGGCUGGUUUUUUCAGUUUGUAGAAGGCAAGAUUUCGGCAAUCAUCAAAACAGAACGCUCCCUCGAACUACUUCUCUGGGAAAUUUGUGCAGAUGCAAGGAUUCUUUCCCAGCUGACAAGGCAAGAGGCAACAUGCUAGUCACUCACUUGGCCUGGGACUCCAGCUCUUUUUUCCAUGCUGACCUGGAUCACCAGUUGUUGCUCUUGUGGUGGUAUACGUCUUCAUUCUUGAGUGUACGAUACAAAACGGAUGCUACUGUAAUCCCAGGCAGUUUGGGAUAAAAGGCUUGUUGAGUCGAUGUAUUGUAGUUUGUAAAAUCACGGUGCAGCAAAGUUGUUUGUUGUGUUGAUUCUU